UGUCUGAUCUUGACGAUAUUAUACCGCCGCACUUACAAAAUUUUGAAGAUGAUACAGAAGUCGGAGUGGAGGCAACAGAUGCAUUGGGCAGUCCUCUGCCAACUUCACCAAGUCAUUUCGGUGUGUACACUUCUGCGGGGGUGCAUCAGAAAGGUAUCAGUAUUGACUCAAGACGCAAGCAUUCGUCAGAUCUCGAUGAAACACCAAAGAGUGGAAGUGUAUUCAGCGAUUUAGGCUUGAAAGGUAAAUUAUCGAGAAGUUAUAAUGAUGAGGAAUCAGUAAGUUAUAAUAGUGGCAGUAGUUAUACUAGUGGCGCUGAUGGAACCGUCAGUCAACAGAUGAUCGCAUCUGGAUCCAUGAAGCCAGCAAAAUCAAGUCCUGUAGGGGGGAAUGGAACCGGAGCUGAUUUGAUGGGCGAAGGCGUGCAACGGGAACGAAGUGCAACAGACUUCAGUGAUUUAUCGCCAUCGGGUUCG